UUGAAUGUGUUUGUGUGAAAUAAUUUCUUUGUGUUUCAGGUGCAUUCAAUCUCCAAGUCGCUCCAUCUGAAGGUACAUCUGAAGGACUCACACAAACACACACACACACACAAACACACACACUCACACUCACACAAAGACACUCACACAAACACACACAAACACACACACACACACAUCCCAUAAUGGAAGUCCCCGUCUCUCCCGCAGAGACCCUGAAGGUCAGCGUGACCUUGUGGCCUCCGGGGUCAAACGUCUACGUCGGCGAGUGCGUGUUGCUGCGGUGCCUCGUGGAGUCGAGCUCCGGGUCCGCGUGGGGCUACCGCUGGUUCAAGCACAAAGCCCGACCCCCGACCCCGAUCCAGACCCAGACCCAGACCCAGACCCUGACCCCGAGCCCCCGGCACCGGGUCUCGGGCGACAGCUACUCCAUCGUCGCGGUGACGCGGGAGGAUGCGGGCGGGUACCGGUGCCGAGCCGAGCGGCGGGCGAGCAACGCCACCCCUGUGGCGCUGCUCAGCGAGCCGGCCGUGCUCAGCGUGACAGAGACGCCUCCUCCCUCCUCCCUCCUGACUCUGACUCCCGGCAGCCGGCAGCUCUUCAGAGGGGAGCGCUUCACGGCGCGGUGCCCCCCGGCCUGGACGCUGAGGCGGUGGAGCGGGGAGCGGCGAGCGGCGAAGGGCACGCGGGUCAUACGCACCGACCGGUGUUCGCCGCUAGGGGGCGACGUCGCCGCGGACGGGCCCGACGCGUGCGCGUUCACCGCCGCCGCCGAGAGCGCCGGGCUGUACUGGUGCGAGGGAGCCGGGGGCCGCAGCAACGCCGUCGACGUCAUAGUGAGCCAUGGCGGCGUCAUCUUGAAGACUCCGGCGUCCCCCGUAAUGGAGGGUGAUGAAGUGGUUUUGUGUUGUCAGUACUGGACAGAAAAUCACAGCAAAACAACCUUCUUUAAAGACGGAGCUGAAGUCGCCACUAACAGCUCCUCCAGCUCAGACGGGGGAACAAAGAUGACUAUUGAGAAUGUGACGCGGGGCGAUGAAGGCUACUACAAGUGUACGUCCGGCGAGAUGGAGAGUCCAGAAACCUGGUUGUCAGUGAGACCUGAUCCAGGCUUAAACUUCACAUCAACAGACGGGACAGCAGCCUCCACUAUUGGCUCCUGGAAAUGGAUCCUUAUCUCCUGCGUAGUCGUCCUUCUCUUCCUCAUUCCUCUCACUGUGUGGCUAGCUCGCCACCAAAGGUGCCGGACGUUUUGCACCCGUCGCCGUUGGCCCCUUUCCAAAGAGACCCUUCCGGAGGUGGAGCUUCCUGCGACCGACCAGGAGGUGACGGAGGUGCAGUGGGACCUGUCCUGGAUGGAGAUGUCCGACCUGUUGGAUAAACAGUUGUUUCCCGGAGCUUAAAAGGACCGCCGUCGUUGUGAACGCUUGGAGACCGACCGACCCUGGGGGGCGGUUCAGUCGGUGCUGUUUUCUGACAGUUUGUAGUUAUUGAUUUGGUCACGUGACAAAGCGGGUCGGGUUUCUUCAAGAAGGGCCGCAAGGACCCAAACUCUUUUUUUUUUUUUUUUUUUUACAUUUCCUGCCCUUGGUUUGUAAAGUUCUCUCACACACUUUUACACAGAAUUAAUGCAUAUCUUCAAUAGUUUCAGAUGAACAAAUUCACCCUCAAAUUAAAUAAACUCUUUAAAAAGCCUCUUGGAUCAGCUUCAGUGAUACAUUACAUUACAU